AUCUCAUGUAUAUUAAUAGCAAUCUGGAUCAUGUCCGAACUGGGAGGACAGGAACGCAAAUAAGUAAUCACCAUGCCAAUCCAGAACGGCGGAUCUUCCUCGUUUGGGGCUGGGCUUCCUCGUCUGGGGCUCAGCUUCCUCGUCUGGGGCUCAGCCGAUGCCUCUGAAUAUGAGCGGGAUUUAUUUUUGUAUCUAAAUUGCUUUUGCUAAAACAAGAAGAACUAUUCUACAUAAUAUUGUACUAGGCGAAUAUCAUACAUAGAGACCAUGCCAAUCCAGAACGGCGGAUCUGCCUCGUCAGGGAGAAAGUACCAGAUCCCGGACCCGAAAAGGCUGACUCCCAGUGAUGUCUUCCUGGAAGAAGAGGAGUUGCCACACGACCUGGGACCAGGACCCCGCGGACGGACGGGAUUUGAUCAUUCGCGGGGGUCGCCGGCGGAUUAUGCGAGAGGCGGUGCCACAACUUCUGUUGUACAACAAGAAAAGAGUCGUUUGCCACCUAUGCAGCAGAGUGCAGAUGGCCGAUUAGUGCCUCCUGAUGGCGCAUAUGAUGCCAUCUUGAACAUGGCGGGCGGAGGUGCUGGAGGGACGCGAGGUGGGCCAAGUGGCGGCAGCUAUUUCGGCUCGCGACCGCCACAAUCUGGAGGAGAUAGAGGGUCGAAUUCGAAGAACACGCUGAUUCCAAGAGGAAGCAGACAAGGAUCGAAAACGAGUGUUUUUAUAUUCACACCUGAAGAUGGCGGAGGCGGUGCGGGUGGGAGAGGGAAAAAUAUGAUUUAGAUUGUAUAGACGUCAGAUAAUAGUUUUAGUUGCUAGAGAAGAUGGCUGAAUUUCUUUAGGUUUAGGUGGAAUCCUCUCCCUCUGCCUAGAAUGAUCUAGAAUGAUGACGAUAUCCACUGGUCAUCAGUUUAUUUCCAUCCCCGACCUCAUUUUUCAUUUGUGGAAACUCCGAUUUCGACGAGAUACCACAACUAUCCGACAUGGAGUUCGAUUUGAACGAUGCUACCACUAGUCCUACAGGGAAAAUCAGGGUCGGCGGACCACGACUCACUGAGAGACAAAAUCUUACGGGUACCACUGCUAAUUCACCUUUGUAGGCCGUGUCCCUCAAGCGUAUAUUCACAUAGUGUGCAUGCUUCUAGGAUACCUGUGCACUACAGGGAUGCCUAUAAUUGAUUCGACCCAGCUCUAACAAUUCUGAUGCCGAAGGACGUGGGCAACCUGCGUUCACUCCAGAAGCUCACAACAAAACCAUCGAGAUCAAUGAGCAUGGCGUCGGAGUCGACAAGGAAUACCUUCAGAAAAUGAAGGAAGCAGAAAGAGGGCACGACGAAAAUCAAGCCAAGAGGGAGUCGAAAGAGCUUAGCAGAGCCUCCAAGGAGCUGAAUCAAGCGGAGAGAGCGCAUGAGACGAAGGUACAGACGUUUCUGUUGGAGCAAACAGAUGACCAUUAUGAACAAGCGGACACGCUUGUGGAGGAGGUCAGAAUUUAGGGAAAAUUAGGGGAUAUUAUGGCUCCCUAAUUUUCCCUAACAUUCGUAUGUGGGUUUAAGCGUGUCCGUUUGUUUCUAAGGCCAGGGUCUAGAACAGAGGAAAGCGUUAUGGUAUACGUGUAGUCGGGAGAUUUGUUUUUGAUCCAUGUAGAAGUUUUCCACGUAGAAUCGGAUUCGGGACGAACUGCAACAGUUUUUCCAUGCAUGUUUAGUACUAGAUGGUGUGCAUUGUCAUGGUAGUCUCAUACUAUGAAGAUCUUUUCUAGUACCUCUAGUAUCUAGACUAUUCGAAAACUUAAAAUAAGCAAGUGAGUUCAUGUUCAAGAAUACUGCUUUAGGUUACUAGUAGCUCUCUUAGAGCACUUUACGCGGCUAUUUCAGUUUAUCGAGUACCUUGAUCUUCUAAGAUCCGCUCUGACUGCGAUGCAGAACGUCGGUGAGCGUGACACCAGAGGGGCCCAACACAAAGAAUACAGCAAGGAAGACCAAGAAAUGUUAGCGGAGAUCGAUGACGUAAAAGCACAACUGGUUAUGACUUGACCUAAAAACGCAACUAAAAAGUAGUUAAGUAUGUUCUAAUUCCUUAUUGUUUAUUAGUGUUAUCGCUCCUUGACCUUGUUGAAUAGUGUUUGUGUUAUCGUUAUUGUAAAUGUAAUACCGCUUCUUUUUAUAUGCUCAGUUUUUAAACUUAAAGUAAAAUGAUAAAGAUAAUGUUUUCGUAAAAAAACUAGUUUAGAAGAAGAAGGUGACCAUAUGCAGUUGCAACAGAGGCAAUCAUAUGCUGUUCCACUUACUAUUGAAUGCGGUAAAUGAAAAAAUCUUGUAGUUGUACCCACUGACACUUGACAGGACAUUCCCCUCUCUUUAUCCUGUACCUUGUAAUCUUUCCACUUUCCACUUUUUCUUUUCAUUCCCUCCGACGACAAGAAGGAACAGCUGAAGGACACGAUGCAACUGAUUGAGGAGCAGUUGGUUGUCGGGACCGGCCUCUGGUCAAGGAUACUGUACAUGAAAAGACAAUUAAGACUUCGAAGGUUACUAGAACUGUUUUGUUUAUGUUUUAUCGCCGUUACUAGACUAGUAUUACUAGUAAAUGGGACACCAACAGGAAGAUGAUCAAAAAUGCAUCUCUUGAAUUCGUAAACUUGAAAUUGCCUUCUAGUUAGUAGUUACUGGCUUAUUUCAGAAGAUCAUCGAGUAGAAGAAGAAAAAAGCAGAAGAAAAUACCAGACAACUCUAAGAAAAGAAGAGAGGCGGCGAGAACAACCAGACUUCGUCCAUCCCUUUCCGAAAACUGCGAGAUUAGUCCAGAAUACUAAUUUUUAUGACCCACCACUGCGAAACGGAAAUUAUUUGUGGAUGUGCAUAACAACAAGAACAAGUCACAAAGUAGAUAUUAAUAUAUUAUUUAUUAUGAUUGAUGAAGAUGAUGUUGACCACGGGCACGGAAAUAAUUAGAAUGAACAUAUAUACAAUUACAAUCGGGUGCUGCAUGUGCAUAAUGGGAGCUUUUACUUUUAGGUGGAAAUAAUGAGCAUUGUCUUCGUACUAGAGCGAAAAUUUUAGAUCUAUAUUCUCUCAUUUCACCGAGAUCUUCGUCGUAGUGGUUAUGUUGACGAACGCUGUGACACUAGCACUAUCAGCAGAGAAGGGCGGCGAUGAGCGCGUGGAGUUGAAAGUCAUGGAGUACUUUUUCUAGACUCGUCGUCAGAGUUUUGCACUGUUACUAAGUAUUUAUGCAGAAGCUGCGGUAGUACUAGUACUAGUACUAGAACUAGACGAGCAUAUGACAUUCACAUUCAGACGAGUACAGCUGGUAAUUCAUUGGAAGCACGAGGAGCACUCCACCACAACCGCGUUCCCCCACAACCGCACUCCACCACGUUUUUCCCGACUACAACUCCACAACAGCACCUCACCACCAUCACAGGCACAUCUUCACCUUUUUCUUCAUGAUGGAGAUCACGGCACGUAUUCAAGCUAAUGGGUGGCCUUGGCUGUUCGACUUUUACAUUAAGGCUUGCCCUCAAAAUUUUUUUGAUCUUGAAGAGUUCUUGCACCUUGUUGUUAGAAGGUUUUUCUGUAGUUUUCAUUGAUUUAUUACACUUAGAUUGUACGGGAAAAUGAAAAUGACAAGAACCAAGGAAGAUGCUUUUCUUUUCUUUUUCAGGAUAAGUUUAUUAGAAUUUCGUCAGGGAAAUCUUAGGCAGAUAGCCGAGUAGAUUCGUAUCAUCAAGUUUAUUAGAAUCUUCUGGCUCAUGAUCUAGUAUGCGGAUACUAGAAGAGUCUAAUGACAACAUGUGCGAUUUGGGUCUUGUUUUUCUCACUGGCGUCUUAGUGAUGUGGAUACUGGAGCCAGCAGGAGUAUCCUCAGAAUUCAUGCGGAAUUUCUCGAUUUUGUUAUGGCUCUCUUGGAAGCAGGUUAUCGUUAUUCGGUCUUGGUAGAUUGUGAUUGGAUGGUAUCACUAGGUUCUGGUUGGAUGGUAGAUUGGAUGGUAUCACUAGGUUUUGGUUGGUUGGAUGGUAGAUUGUAUGGUAGAUUGGAUGGUAUCACUAGGGUACGCCCCAAGGGGCUGCAUUCAAGAAGAUGUUGAGCAAUGUUUUAGCGUCUCCUGCGACUCCUGGAACAAGCAGGUUAUUCUUAUUUCAUGUUUAUUUAACCCGGUUAAUGCUAGCUUUUAACGUCGUUAAUCUGAAUGUUAACGUUCUUAAGUAGGUUCUUAAUUACAAUUACACUCAAUGAAUACUAAGUCUUGGUGGAUAUUAUCUUUUUUCAAGAAGAAGAUGAGCAUGAUUAAAUGUCGCUUCUUGGCGCUAAUUUGGCGUCUCCUGCGGCUCUUCAAGGUAGCUCGCGCGAUCCAAACUAUCGAAGCGUUUGACCUUAUCUGGAGAAUGCUCCGAGCUUUUCUUGCUUCCGGACGUCUACUCUUCUGGGCUUGCGUUGAUUUCAUGUUCUUGGCGUUUCUCUUCGGCAUUUUCUUCUGCGUCAUCAUAGGGAAAGACGAAAACGUAGUACACGACGAUACCAUAGCCGACUUGUUUGGCGACGUACCCAAGAGCAUGGUAACCUUAAGGCUUAAAUAGCCGGUAUAAUUUCAUCUUGUUCUUGUUCUUGAAGGGCAUCAUACAUACUUUCUUCGGCCGUUUAUUGUCAUUUUCCAAGCAGAUGAAAAGACACCAAACAUGAGAGUGAGACUCUCUGCCUCUAGAACUGCCUCUAGAAGUAGAUGAUCUUCAGUCGUAAGCUUUAAUAGCGGCAAUUCAAGUGGGGACAAGAAAUCACUGGUCAGAUAUUGCGAGACACGUUCGUGAAUACAACACCGCGAUCUAUUUGGUAUCGAUCUCGACCAUUGUCUUAAGGUGAUAACGACCCCAAGUUCUUGUGCAUCCUUCUACAGCAUGAUCCUGGAGUGUGGACCCGAAGGGAAUGAAGAGAAGCUCCACCCAAGGAUGUCAUGACUAUCAUCUUCAAGGCUCACAAGGAACAAGAUGCAGCCACGCAGUAGUACCACUCCUAAUCUUCUAAUGGUGUACUCUACAUUCUAAUUCAUGCUUAUACUUUAUCCAUUAACCAAUAAGAACAAGUCCAGACAGUGGAUAUAUCGCUCAUGUACAAUGCUCGGCAAUCUCCAUAUUCAUCUUCUAAUGGUGUCCAUCAAUUUUGUCGUGUCUUAGAAGAUCAGAAGUACCACACCUAAUCUUCUAAUGGUGUCCAUCAAUUUCGUGUUGUUUAACAUCGUUUCCGCGUCGAUGAUUUUGUCCGUAUUUUCAGCGAGUGCAAAAGAUAGGGAGAUCGCCCAAAGAAUAUACGAGCAUAAGCGAGUCCGACAGUGGCGAUUGCUGAAAGGGAUUUUUAAAGCCAUGGAUCAAGACGGGAGCGGUCAAGUCGGCGCAGAAGAACUGGAUGAGGCGAUAAAGACGAACAAAGCCCUCCAAAGAAAAUUGGCGGAGAUUAAUCUUUCCUUAAGACUUUUGUCAUCUGUAAUAUCGCAACAAUGAUUGAUAAACGCAAUAGAAGGUUGAGUCAACAAAAACAAUGAUUGAUAUACUUACGCAUAUACGCAGUACUAUGUUCUUGUUGAGUAUCCUGACUCGGAGCGUUGAUCUUUUCUUCAUACGAAAGAUACGUGGUCGUAAACAUGAGCUAGUAUCACGCGACGUGUGGACAAGAACAUUCUCAAGAAUCCCUCCUCUAGCUCAACAUCUACUACUUCAUGACUCCUCCUUUCCUUUCUAAUGCAGAGACAAGACCUUGCCGACUUGUGGUUGAUUCUCGAUACCAGUGGCGACGGAGAACUAGAUAUCGACGAAUUCUUAGACGGGAUGCGGCAGAUGGAAGGCAGCGCAAAGUCCUACGACAUGGUCCGAAAUAAUACAAGGACGAAAACCAUCUACAAAAGGAUAUUGUACUUUUUUUGGAUUUUAGUUUUCAGGAUCGUAGUUUAACUGCAAGAUUUGAUAUCAGUGGCCAUUUUAGAGGUAGCAGAUAUCAGUGUAGAGACAGCGGAUCACCUUCACAGCUUCAACAUCAGAGAAAUUCGUAGAACUCAAAAGAGAGCGAGGGAAGUCGUAGGUCCAACCCGCCCCGGCUAACAUCAUCAUCAUCCUCAUCAUCAUCGUCAUCAGUGACCAUUAUACUUUUUCCGUGAGUCAUCUGUACUUUCGUCGUCAUUCGUUUUCAACAGAAAAGUUGGGGAAUUCGUUUUCGCAAUAACUCCGGAAGCGAAGCGCCUGAAUAUGGAAGUCGACCGACUUCACAACAAAAUGAUGCUCGUGUUUUCCGCGGUCCGACCUUUGGAAAAACGAGUUCUUAGUAUUAUGAAGAUGAAGGGAUCGGGAACUACUUCUAGUAGACUUGUUCUAUUUUCGAAGUCUAAACUAUAACUACUAUCACUAGUACUAGUAUUCGAAAACUCAAAAUAGAACCGAGUUACUGACUGAAAUAAGGGAGGUACUAGCUUGACAUCAAGGCUACUCUUCCUUCUCGUCAGUAUCUCGGUUACUCUGAUCAGUUACUUGCUUAUUUCAGUUAUUCGAAUAGACUUGUUCUAUUUAUUUCGAAGUCUACUAGUAGUGGACACGCCCCCCACAUAUUGAUGGUGGUCUUAGUUCUACUUCUCUCCACGUUCUCUUAGUUCCUCUCUCCACCUCUUCUAACUCCCUUGUCCGUCUCGGUGCGGAAGAAUUUGGACAGAAGGUGGACGAAUACGGCAUGCCUGUUAUGGAUAUGACCGUAGCAGAAAUGAAUGAUGCCGGCGGGGGAUAGCAUCCAUUAUAAAAUGUGGGGACGUAGUUGUAGUUUCUAUGUUUUCGUUGUAUAGCUAUAGCCGUAGUUCUUGGUUCAGGUGAUGUUUGGUUUAAGUUUCUCUUUUGUUUUCUUACACGCUUGCCAGUCCUUUGUCAAGGAGUUGUUAGAUUAUCGUUGCUAGUAUCUUUUUUGUGCUCACAGAAAAAAGUUUCAGUCUUUGGUAUGAUUUCUUAGAUAACCUGAUCACGAUUACGCACCGCGCGAUGAUUUCUUAUGUAUCAAAUGUUUUAUUUCCGAUUCCGACACACUGAGAUUUGAUUGAUGGGCAAUGUGCACAAUGAGAGAUGAUCGCUCGAUGUGAGGCCGUCAUGUAGAAAAUGAUGAGAAAGAGCACGCUGUUGUAAGCAAUUUUCACUCUCAACAGAGUCCCUCUUUCUAUCUG